CAAAAAAAGCAUUAGAAUUUUUGAUUGCCCGUGAAGAUAUUUUCUUUUAUAACUGGUCUCGGAGAUAUUAGAAACAAAUAGCUAUUCAACAAAAUUGUAUUCUGCUGAAAAUAUAAGCUCAUGGGGAAACGAAGGUUUCAGAGAGAAAAAGAACCUUCAGUGAGGGAGACGGUAACAGAAGCGUCAUCUCCGUUAGAGUCUCAGACGACGACAAGGAGACGAAGAGGAAGGCCGAGGAAGAAUCUUGAGAAUCCAGAAGAUUUCAAGAAGGAAGAAGACGAAGAUUACGAGGACGACGAAGAAGAAGAAGAUGAACAAGUUGAGAUUAUUAACAGAGAGAAACUGAAGAAGAAGAUUAGAAGUAGCACUAGCGUCGAAGAAGGGCAGAAGUGGAAACGUGAAGAACUAGCUGAGGAGGAGGAGGAGAAGCCGGAUACGACGGCGAAGACGGUUGCACAGCUGUCAUAUAGACGGUCCAGGAGGAAGAACACACCGGUGAAGAGCUGGUAAACUUUAAUUACCAAACAGGAGCUUGAUAUUAUGUUGUGUGUUCAUGGAUUAACUAUCUUUGAGUUAUAAAUUAAUCAAAACCCCUCAUGGGAAGACAAGAACCUUUGAUUUAUAAAUUUCUUAGAUUG